CGCCACACGGGGCCUUGACAAUAGAGGAGAAUCAUAGAGCGGGAUCUGGUGGGACCACUCACCCCUUGCCACCGACUUCAGCCCUUUUCGGCCGGUCUUACGAGGACCAGAUCUAGAUCUACUUCUCAAAAUCUGUGCAGGUACUUUUCGAUGGGCUUACGACCUACCCAGACUUUUGAAAACCUGAUCAGACGUCAGCACCCACUCCGGGGUCACACUGACCAUCGGGCAAUUUGUCCCCGUUGGUGCUGACUCGACUAUGCAUAGCUGGGGGCUUUUGAGCUCCGAACCAUUUCUGAUCACUUUCUACAUACAAAAGUCAUUGAGAUCCUGUCUCUACGCCUUGCUUAAUGCGACGAAAACUUGCCUUUGAUAUGUAUGCAUUAUCGCUGUGUCCUAAACAAUGAAAAAGGCGACAACAAAUCCAGACAUUACCGAGCAAAGGCGUCAUCAAAAUCGGGAAGCUCAACGCAGAUAUCGAGAAAGGCAUCGACAACGAAAAUCGUCCUACAGCGAAAGCAUUCCUAUAGUAGAGCUGGUAGAAAAUCUGCCAAAUUCGGAGCAUGAUGUGCAAGCCAAAGAGAACGGGACAUCAGCCUUGCCGCAUUUGGCAGCCGGAUCCGGCUCUCCACCGGGCAUUGAGGCCUCCACAUUGUCAAAUCAAUCAGACAAGAAUGCAAACGAAUGCGAUUGGAAUGACAUGGACGACAACGAACUUCUUACCUCCUUGUUCAAGGAUGCUUCCUCCCCGUUCACUGGACUGGGCAAAUGGCCAUCGGGUUCAAAUCAAGAGGUCAAUGGCGACUCCCUGUCGUGUCAGUCGCAUCAAAUAAGGGAGUCCGAGAUUGGAUCUCCUGCUCCUUCUCUUUCUGCUUCACCGGUUCAAUCAAAACAAAGUGAAGGCUCCCAGGACCGAGACAGCCGACAUAGCAUCGAGAGCCAGGAACGACGUGGAAAAUCUUCCCGGCAUGGACGCCUAUCAACUUUACGUGUGAAAGCUAUCGAAACUGGGCAGAUGGCUGAAAAUUGCACACAAGGAUACAAUUCCCACUCCCGAUACGGGUUGCAAGAUUGCAACAUGGAAGAUUCUCUAAUGGACCAAAGUUGGAACGUACAGACGCCAGGACAGUGCUCAUGUUCAAAACUAGCGGAUGAACUAGGAAGUGGCACGAUCGAUUACCAGUAUAAGGACAAUAUGUGUACUCGUCCCCAGUACGUCAAAAGGACUGUGUCGACAUCAACAAUUCCCGAUAAUAAAAGUACUGUGCUCAAGGCGGAUGAAAUGGCCAAGGAAUUACGGCUUUUGUAUAUUUUUGGUGUCAGGAUUGGCUUCUUUCCGAACGAUCCCUCCAUGAUCCGGUUGUUAAUAGUCUUGGAGAAUAGGUUCAGAGCCCUUUCGAUGGCAAAAGCGAAGCUCGAUUGUCCUUGAGAAUCUAAACCAAUGUCACUACAUGGUAGUUUAUAUCCUUGUUGAUAUAUAUAUGUAGACAGCCUUGAGGCCCCUAGUUGCAGCU